UGGAGCCCUGGGCCAAGUGUGUUAUGAAUUUAUGUUGAUUGUGGUUUGACAUUCAGCGUAAUAAAUUGUGAUUUGUGUAAAUCAAGUAAAAUGGAGCCCGUAAAGCAUCUUUCAAUUGCCGAUAUCCGUAAUUAUAUGUUACAAAACGACGGAAAAGUGACUAAUCACGCGCUUGUGAAACAUUUCAAGAAAUAUCUAACGCACACACAAAACGAAGCCGAGGCGCGUAAACGUUUCAAAGCAUACGUGACACUUCUGUCAACGAUUAAAAAUGAAAACAACCAGAAAUUUCUCAUACUACGCAAAAAGUAUUUUAACGAGUGCCCAUCGGAAGAAGUUGUGCAACGAGCUGUUGAAGCUGCUGACAAUACCUUGGAGCCGGGAAGCUCAGUUGCAAGUCCCGUAAUUUCUACACCGGAUGUAGGGGUAUCGCCACUAAGGCACCCUCCGCCAUACAAAGCUCCUCCUGAAGUUAAUCAAUCGCCAUUGCCGGCAAAACCUAUUGCCGCUAAUGUUGGUGUAAACCAAGUUCAAUUAGAAAGCUACCGCGAUUGUGUAAACGAAUUCACAGCUGUCAUGCAGCGCAUUGAUCCAGCUCGCCUUGAAAUUCAGCCUGCAUCAAAGGCAGCUGUUGACUUACGAAGCGAAGAAACCAAUACCAGUACCAGUGUAAAAUCUGUGUCUCGGGCAAAUUCUGUAGACGAGAGCAACAAUAAAGAAAAUAUACCGAGAUUCUCGUUCUCGUCUGGUGCCUCAACCGAUAGCUCUACCGCAGAAAAAUUAUCCGGAACGGAAACGGAUGUUGCGGACAAUCCCAUAAGCGUAAAGGAAGCUACGCGCAAGUUCAACAGGAUGGCCUCCGAAGAGGAAGCAAAAGUUAUUUCUCCACCUGCUAAGAAAAAAGCAGAAAAGCAAUUAAUUGAGGAAAAGGAUUCACCCGAAGUUACACUUGCUCAUCCAAAGGCAAAAGAAUGGAUUGUCUCAAUGGCCAAAGCUAAUUACCAAGAGCUCGCCAAGCUUGCUAGCGAAUAUCCGGAGCUCGUUAAACUGCAGGAUCCUGCAACGGGCUUUACUGCUCUUCACUGGGCUGCCAAGCAUGGCAAUGAGGAUGUGGUUAAGCUAAUUGCAGGUACAUACAAGGUGGACGUUAAUGCAAGGACGAAUGGGGGCUAUACACCACUUCAUUUGGCUACACAGUUUGGAAGAGACAACAUAUUCGAAUUGCUGUGGAAUGUGUAUAAGGCUAACCGGGACAUUAUGGAUUGGAGUGGAAACAAACCGUUGGACUACAGUAGACAGAGACCCAGUGUCUCAGCCUCAACUUGCAGUAAAAUCAAAGCUCGAAAAAAGCAUACAAUCGAAAAAGAUUUGGGAUUCCUGAGGAUUGGUUCACUGAAUGUCCGAGUAAAGAAAACAACAGAGGCAUUCAGCAAUUUCUUAGGAGUGGGCAAUGGCAAUGGUCCAACUCCGAUGGUAUAUGGACAUGGCGAACGUUUAGAAGCCACUCGCCCUCACCAACAAACUCACCGUCACCCUCAUCAGCGUCGUCAUCAUCAUGCCAAUGGUACGACACGGGGUCUGCAUCUGAAUCAGAGAGCAUCGGGGACAAUACCGUACGGAACGAACAAUAACACAAUAGUUGGAUCAAGAUCUAGUGUUCCAAUCAGUAGAAAUACGUAUGACGCUGUUCACAAAUCGUGGGGCUCAGCAGAUAACAUUACUCAACAUUUGGAAAACCUAAUGCCACCACCAAAAUCAGCCGAAUAUAGGCAGUAUAAAUCUACAAAGCGGUCAUCUUUUGCCUCUAAUGCAACUGACUCACCGCGAGACUCUAUCUGCUCGUCUAACUCUAGUUUUAAUUUAAACACAGGGUAUAGCAGUAUGCCAACUACUCCAAAUCAAAUAAGGACACCCAAAACCAUGGGCUUGUCAUCAAUCCCCGUUGAUUCAGACUCUGACUCAGCUUGCGGGUUUGAUUCAAACUGGUCUGUUCAUGACUAAAUAUAUACGAAUACCAAUACGACUUAAUUGCAUUGAGAAUCGUCAAAUGUAUCAAAAUAAAGCCUAUGGAAAAUUUUACAGUUCAACUUGAAUACAAUUUU